UAUUUCUUAUUUUCUUCUACUUAAGAAGUUUAUACAACUAGGGUUAUUAAAAUAUGAUUUGGGAGUUUAAUGUUGAAUUCUGUUUGCGUUUGUGCAUUUUUUUCUAUUGAAGAGAGAAAUGGUCUUAUUAUGGAGGAAUGUAUGGCAUUGAUGUUCUUCAUAGAGUAGUUGUUGAUUGAUUUGCUUCUUCACUUGGAAAGACCUAAAUUCGAAUUGAUGUUUUACUUUUGAAUAAAAAAUGCUUCCAGGGGCUAACGUUGAGAAUGAGGCCACUGAAGAUGGUGAAUAUGAUGAUUCACUAAGUGAAGAUGAAUCAGAAAGUUUGUCUGAUAUUGAUGAUUGUGAUGUUGAUGCGUAUAUUCACAAUGAGGAGGAGAAGAAUAUCAAGAAGAUGCUGUGGGAAAGAGUUAACCGAGUGUAUGUUAUGGAACAGGCAGCCAAAGAAGCAGUUACAACAGCUAAUAAGAAAGCUUUUGAGGGAAAGUUUGGAAACUCUUCAGAGGAUUUCCUAGCAGCAAGAGCUGCAGCUGCGGCAAAAUCCAGAAAGGGAAUGAAGCAGAAACGAGCCCAUGAAGCAAAAAGCAUUGCGCCAACUCAAUCUGCUGCAGAGGCCUUCGGCCAAAUGUCUAACGAAAAAAAGAGUCUCAAUUCUAAAGUCAAUUUAGAUCGCCUGGAGGAAUUAUUCAAUGAUAUGGAGGAGGAUGAGAUGGGAUCAGCGGAUGAUUACUGAAAAGUUACUAAGUGCCCUUUCUGCUUUUAUUAUCUGUUGUUUGCAAUUGGAAUUCAACAUGGGUGGCAGUUGAACAGAAGAUUACCAGAGACUGAAAUCUUUUGAAGGCUGAGUUUUUCCUCCUAUUUUCUAAGCACUCAUCACAUGCAUUUGCCCAAAUUUGGAAGUUUUUUUUACCAGGAUAUUGUUAGCUAGGUUUAUCAGCAUCACUCUGUUUUGACACAAAGCAAGGGUUUGGUUGUGUUUCAUAUCAAAAGUCUACUUAUUUUCUAUACAUUUUUUUUAAACGUGACAAA